AUGGUAAACAAGUCGGCUUUAAAGAAUCAAUUUUGCGAAUUGACAGGCACAUCAACUACAACAGCAGGACGGUACUUGGAAGCGAGCAAGUAUAACAUAGACCAAGCCGUCGACUCAUACUUCACCAAGCACGCGUCCAAAUCUAGUCCCAACUCUAAAUCUAAUGGGAAAUCCGCUUCCUCCAACACCGACAAGCACUUGGUUUCACUAUUUGAUGAAUACAAAGAUGCAAAUAAUCCCAAUGUGAUUGAUAUUGACGGUACGUUGAAAUACCUUGACGAUUUGCAGAUUGAUCCAGAUGAUGUCAAAGCUCUAACGUUGGCAUUUCUACUAAAGUCGCCCCUGGUUGGUGUUUUUGAGCGAGACAAGUUUAUCUCCAUUUGGCAACAUUACAAGAUCCAUGAUAUUAAAUCCAUGCGCAAGUUUUUAGACAAGUUCCACCAGGAUGUAUUGUAUGACAAAGGAAGUUACACUGAUUUAGACACAGAUAAAGCCGUAGAUUUCAAACAAUUGUACGAUUAUACGUUUGCCUUUUUGAAGGAAUCUGAUAAUCAAAAAGUGUUGGAUAUCGACUUGACAAUAUCGUAUUGGAAAUUGUUGCUACCUUUGAUAACCACUGUUUAUUUCACCAAAAAUGAAACACCCGCAAAUGGAAACAAAGACAAGGUUGAAGAACGGGUUAAUAAUUGGUUUGAUUUCUUGUCCAAUAGCAACCCGCGACCAGUUAUAACUUUCGAUACGUGGUCAAUGUUUUAUUUAUUCUUUUUGGAGGUGGUUCUCCCCGAUCCUUACAAGCUUUCAAAUUACGACGAGAUGGCUGCGUGGCCAAGCAAGGUGGACGAGUAUGUAGAGUAUUUAUCAGAUAAUAGCUUGAUAUAA